AUGGACGUAUGGACAUGUACGGUCUGUGGUAAGCGGAAGGACUUGUCUGGUGAUCAUCUCAAGGGAAAAGAUACCGUACGAUCUGACUGUUGGCCGUGUGCAAAGAAGAGUACAUUUGUGCGAGGAACUUCUAAAACAGGCGGCAGUGCGGCACAAGUGGUGACUGCACCGUUCCUGUUUAAUCCCGCAACAAAGACAUCUCCUGAGAAAACAACAACAACAACGACAGCAGCACCUGCUGCUAAUACUACUGGAAUGAACCCGUUCGCUUUUGCGGCGGCUGCCUUUGCAAAGACUCCUUUUGCCGGCAUUGUGAAUACGCAAAAGAACACGACUGAAAGUAGUAGUCAAUUAUCCACAGCCGCAGCAACAACAACAACAACAACAACAACAGCUGGUCAAGGGACAGCGAAUGCGGUUCCACGUAGUUCCACAUUGUCCUCAUCUGGAAAUACUUCACCCAUUAUUAUGCAAUCUUUUACAGGUCCUAACAACAAGACACAUCAAACACCGCCCUUCACUUUUACAGCCUCAACAAAUGCAGUAAUACCCUCAAUAUAUACUGAUCCAUCAGUAGUGGGUAGCGGGAAACCAGUGUGGAUCUGUACUGUCUGUGGUAAGCGGAAGGACUUGUCUGGUGAUCAUCUCAAGGGGAAAGAUACCGUACGAUCUGACUGUUGGCCAUGUGCAAAGAAACGCACCUUUAUCUUCUGCACACCUGAUUCAUUGUCCCCUGGCGGUUUGUCAACUUUGUUGCCACGCUCUAGAUCAUCAGCCUCCGCAACAGGAGCAGGAGGAGCAACAACAACUACAACGACUGGUAAUGAGUCCCAGCGUGAGGCAUCACCGUCUGCUACAGUUGCAUCGUUGAGUGUUAGUCCUACACAACCCAUGGUGUGGCAUUGGCAAGAUCCUGUUGUUCCAGAUAAUGACGCUGCUGUGAAUAUGUUCCUUAUUAGCACUGCACAGGCGCAAUCAGGUGAGAAGGGUCAGAGAGUAUCACAAUCGCCUGCUUCUCCUGAAGUAGAUCAACAGAGUAAUGCCAUCACAUUUGAAGGUGAAGUUCUACGAGGGUAUAGACAACAACUUGUUGAUGGUAUUCGUACCCGAACUGCGUGGAAUAAUCGAACUUUAUAUGUACUUGCACCUGAAAACGGUAAUAUGACUCAGAAAAGCAAUAUGUCUGAUGCCUCUCUGCUUGGUGCUGCCGCUGUUGUAUUUCUUGCCGUAGAGCACAAACUCGCACAAUCACCCUUUCGUGUUAUGCGACGUCUCUUCUGCCCGGAUGAGUUCUCCUUCGCGGCGGCCUGCAUGUAUGCCAACACCUUCCUUGCUGGACACCACAGCAGUGCUGAGCAGCCAUCCUUUGUGGUGUAUGGACCGAAGGUGGAUCACACAGUGCCAACAACUCGUUGGGGUGCUGUGAUUGAACGCUGUGAACAUGCGCAGCAGUGGGUGGUGAGUGGAGAGCAGCGGGUGGAGGGGGCACAGUGUAUAUUCCGCAACACCGGCUGGCUCACACUUCCACUUUACGCCACCGCAGAGGCCAUUCGAUGUGUGGUAGGUGCACAGCAAGAACAGGAAAAACAACAGAAAUUGGGAGAGAAAGAAGAGGGAGUGGGAAUGACUGUAGGUGCUGAGGCUUACGGUGUGGAUGUGGUGCUUGUGAAGAAGACAAUGAAUUUGGAAGAGUUGCCUCAGGCGGCGGCGCUGGCCCUACCUGUGAGGCCGUUUUAA